AUGGAGCAAGUUCGAACAAUGAAUCAAGAAAUCACUGAUAGGCUUCAAAGCACAGUUAGCUCUUUGAGCUCAGUGUGUGACAAUACUUUUCUUCAGGAAACUCCUUAUAAUUCUGAUAUUGAUGAAUCAAUCAGAGAGGAAAUAGAAUCUAAAUACAGGAAAUCGAAAGUUAUAUCUCUUAAUAUUGAUUUUUCAAUAUAAUUUAAACGCAUGAAAGGUCUAGACAUAUUUUGCUAAAAUAAACUUGGAUGGUUUAAUUCUCAUUAUGUAUUUCCUCGGCAGCAAGGUGCAAGCCAAAGCCGAAAAAGAUCAUCAACAAGCAUGCAAAGACCAUUGCAGUCCUUUUAUCCUACUCCUAUCAAGCAGCGCUUGACAUUAGAGAAGUCACUUCCAAUAAUUCAUAAAGGGCUUAAGUCACAAAACGAUUCUAUGACGAUAUAUCCAAAAUCGAAAAGCAGAGUUAGCAAUACCAGCUAUAAGAAAAUGUAUAGAAUAUGUAGAAAAAAUUAUGCAUUAGCAUACGAAAAUACAAACUCAGAGAUUUUAAAAAGAACCAGUUCCAAACAAAUUUCGCCAAAAAGAAUACCUACACAUUUGAGGACGAAAAGCGACGCCGUUAGGUCUAGAACACCAGUCUAUGUGAUCAGAUCAAGGUCACCUGACAGAACUCCUCUUAAGUAAGGGUUAUUUAGAAAUACCCAGACAAAAGGAAGCAUUAAGUCUCUCUCAAGGGAAAAUCCUUAUAAAGCUCCCAUUAAGGCGACUCGAAUUCCAUUGAAAUCUUCUCACUCCCAUCUCUCAUCUGAUUAAAUAACGAACAAUGUCUGAAGUCCAUAAUUAGGCAAAUUUUUCCAUACUUUUUUAAUUGAUUAUUAUUUUAAAAAACUACCUAUUUAAUAAUGCACAAAGACUGCUCAUUGCAUAAUAGUCGAGUCAGCAUCACUACUCUCAUUCAAUGGAAGAUUUUGUGUAUAUACCUGUUGUACAUUAUGGGAAGUAA